AUGGCUCAGGUCAUCUACGCGCCAUCGGCCGACAAGCCCCGCGGGGUCAAGUCGGUCUUCCUGGCCGGCACGACGAGCAAGGUCGACGAGGGCGACUGGCGCGAGACGCUCGCCGCCUCUCUCUCAGACGUGCCCGUGACCCUCUUCAACCCGUACCGGGCCGACUGGGACGGCUCGUGGCGCGAGGACGUCGACUUCGCGCCGUACCGCGGGCAGGUCGAGUGGGAGCUCGCGCGGCAGGACGAGGCGGACCUGGUGGUCGUGUAUUUUCAUCCGGCGACGCAGGCGCCCAUCAGCCUGCUUGAGCUGGGGCUGUCGGCACGUGUGCCGGGCAAGGUUGUUGUUUGCUGUCCUGAGGGGUACUGGAAGAGGGGGAAUGUGCUGAUUGUGUGUGAGAAGUUUGGGAUUGAGACGGUGGAGAGUGUGGAGGGGCUGAGGGAGGCGAUCGUGAAGAGGGUGUCUGCUUCGUGA